AUGUUGUGUAGCACGGAGACCGAGCAGGAAGCUAUCAAACUAGCAGAAUCCGUCUGGUUCAUCCACAACCAAGGUGGAUUCGAAAUUCGCAAUUGGAUGUCGAAUUCGGCGACUGUCCUUUCAAAACUUAACGGUAAUCCUUGUACAGAAAGAAGUCUAGACUUGUCGUCCGAUCUUGCGACCGAAAAGGUGCUAGGCAUGUGGUGGUGUACCCAAACGGACUGCUUCAUCUAUAAAAUUAAUAGGGCCCGAUUGGGUGAAGAUUUGCUCGAAGGCAAUCGCAUCCCAACGAAACGUGAAGUUUUACGAACCAUGAUGACCAUAUACGAUCCGUUGGGUCUCAUCGCCAAUUAUCUUAUGUACCUCAAAGUGCUGUUGCAGGAGAUUUGGAGGACUGGUGUAGGAUGGGACGAGAAAGUGGAUCAACGGUGUUUUGAGAAAUGGCAAACAUGGUUAAAGCUUCUUCCAGCGAUUGAAAGUCUGAGAAUUUCACGAUGCUACAGAUUUCAAACCUCAGCUGAGAAUCACACUAAAGUACAGCUACACGUUUUCGUAGACGCCAGUGAAAACAGCAGUGCAGCUGUUGCGUAUCUCAGAUUCACGGAAAACGUGACAACUGAAUGCUCUCUUGUCAGCGCGAAGACUCGUGUAGCGCCGCUUAAAUAUCUAACUAUCCCUAGGAUGGAGCUUCAGGCGGCGCUCAUAGGUGCUAGGUUAGCACACUCUAUUCUCCAGGGAUUGUCGAUCAAGGUUUCUCGGUGUAUUUUUUGGUCAGACUCCAGGAACGCACUAGCGUGGAUUCGUGCGGACCAUCGCCGUUACAGUCAAUUUGUGGCCGCUAGAGUCAGUGAAAUCCUGGACCUGACUAACGUAUCUGAUUGGAGGUGGGUUCCAACAAAGUGGAACGUAGCCGACGAAGGCACGAAAUGGUUGCGGAGUCCAUCGAUAACCAGUGAAAGUAGGUGGUUUAAAGGUCCUGAAUUUCUCUGGCAGCCUGAGGACCACUGGCCAGUGAUGCCAGUAAAAUUAGAGGAACCGAUGGAGGAGAUGCGCUCUACUGUCCACGUACAUUUUGAAGCGGUGGAAGAGAUGUACGCCAGGGUCAGCGGAAACAUCACAAGAGACGAAUUCCGCCAUGCAGAAAACUUUCAAUUUCGCACGGCUCAGCAAGAUGUAUUCCGUGAAGAACGAAGGCUUCUUGGACAGAAGCUCUCACCAAUACUGCCUAAACGAAGUCCACUGUACAAGUUAAAUCCUGUUGUCGACAAGCAAGGAGUGAUACGUAUGCAAGGCAGAACAGGCGCAUGCGAAAACCUUCCAACAGAUGCCAUCAACCCCAUUGUUUUACCCCGUGAUCAUCCCGUAACGGAUCUCGUCAUUUUGUAUCAGUCGAUUACGACGAGUAUACGCAAAGGUCAGAUCGAAAUGUUAACACUGCAAGUUACGAGAUGCUCGUCCAUGUCCUCCCGCAAUGUCCGAUCUUCCACGUGGCAGACUAGCAGCAUUUGGUUCGCCGUUUACUCACACUGGGGUCGACUAUUUCGGACCAAUGGAAGUAGCUAUCGGGAGAAGGUCCAUAUAGAACUAGCUAGCUCAUUAACCACUAAUUCAUGCAUAAUUGCACUGCGCAAUUUCAUUGCACGGCGAGGUACACCGGCUGUAUUCUACAGCGACAGGGGCACCAACUUUAUUGGCUCGGAGCGAGAGCUGAAACAGGUCUUACGAACAGUCGACCAAAACAGGAUGGCACAAGAGUUCGUAACCUCGAGCACUUCCUGGUGCUUCAAUCCUCCUGCAGCUCCCCAUAUGGGAGGAUGUUGGGAGCGACUUGUCAAGCGGACAUUGUCGGAGAUCAAGCUAUCUGUUCGCCCAACCGAUGAGGAGCUAAGAAACGCGCUGAUUGAGGUUGAAGGCAUUCUCAACGCACGACCGCUAACCUACGUUCACAUUGAAGAUGAGGCAGCUCCCGUGCUCACUCCGAACCAUUGGCUAUUGGGUAGCUCUGAUGGCUUUAAACCGUGGUCCCUCCUGGAAGACAACUCAAUCGCUCUUACGCGUGGCUGGCAUCAAUCACAAUCAUUAGCAAAUCAUUUUUGGAAGAGGUGGCUCCGGGAGUAUCUACCGGAAAUAACCCGACGCUCUAAAUGGUACCAAAAAGCUCCACCGAUCAAGGACGGCGACAUAGUCUUGAUCGUCGAUGCGGAUCAUCCGAGGAACUGCUGGCCGAAGGGCCGUGUGAUAGGCACAUCGAAUAAGGAUGGGCAAGUACGCAGGGUGACUAUCCAAACAGCAAAGGGCGUGUACGAAAGACCUACAGUAAAGGUCGCUGUGUUAGACGUCAAGGACAAAGAGGAGUUAGCUGACACAGAGGCGGAGUCAGCAAACUGGGGGGGAGUGUCACCGGACCCCUCGGUGUCGAACGCUCCCACAACAGCAGCGUCUCUAUGA